AUGCCGCAGCCCGAGACGGCAUUUUCCGAAACCAACGGAUCCCAAGUCGAGAGCUUUCAGAAACGCGGGUUCCACGAACAGGUCAAGGGUCAUCGCUCCUCAUCGAGUACACACAAAUCCAAGACAAAGGCCACGAAAAGCGCCAAGUAUCCCUCUUCACGGAAGCGGGAUUUUAAAGAAGACACUUUGGUUCUUCAACUCAGGAAAAAAUGCGAAGCUCUGCAGAAAGCUAGGCGAAAGCUUGAAAAGGAAAAGCAUGAUGCUCAUUAUGCUGCCAACAAGUUACGCCGAAAGCUCGAGAAGAAAAGAAAGAAGCUGUCUAAAGAGAGACUUCUGUUAGAAGGAAAAGAUCUAGAAAUAGAUCUUCUGAGAGAAGACAUCAAUGCAUUGGAGCAAGGACUAAAGUCGAGCAAGGAGGAUUCUGAUGGAUCCUCUGAGGAUUGUCAGGAAAUCGGCAGUAACUCGCAGUUUUGCGUCGAACCUAUCGCUGUGCGCCCGUCUCAAGACCUGGGCCAGGCCACACCGAAAGUAAGCAACGGUGGCUAUAAGACCGAGGAUCUUUGGAGUCAAGGAUAUGAAACUACUGCCGACAAUUUUUGGAAUGGGUCUAAAACAGUGUCCUCCAUCAAAUCGGACCCCCUCCAGAGAGCUUAUGAAAUCAACUUUCCGUCCUAUCAUUCAUUUGAUCAUUCGGGCAGAAAGGAUUUACUCUCCCUCAAGUCGAACACCACCCAGAGGACUUCUCGCCGCACAACCGAAUCUGAGGCCCCAACCGACUCCAUUGAGUCUGGAUCGUGUAUGGACAACUCCAGUAACGACUACAUGGCACCAGGUCGACGAAAACUCCCAAACAGAAAGAAAGUCAAUUACGACAUCAGUGCGCCUGAACACUGGCUGGGUGAGUCUUUCGACUGGGGUGAUGACCGACUACUAUAA